AUGCAGCAGGAUUGGGGUCAACUAAACAAGGAUCCCAGCAAGGCAUUCAUUGUGGAUGAAUAUCUCGAUGUAAUGGAUAGAUUUCUCAAUAGUUUGGUGAGCGCAAAGCAAAAUAUGAGUGGACGGAUUGAGCUGUCUCCAGGACCCGAGGCAGAUUUAGUAGCAAUGCAUAUCGCUUCUCCUAAUGAAAUGCAAAAUUCCGCUUUUAAAACAACCAGUAAUUUUAUGUUUUGCUUACAACACUUUGAAGUAAAUAGCACCGAAACUAUGACGCGUUUAGAAAACUUAUUGCUGCAAUGGGCACAUAAAAUUGAACAGGUGCUUAGCGAAGCAGAGCAGAUACGUCGUGAGGCAGACGAUAUUGGACCCUCUGCUGAACUUAGCUAUUGGAGAGCCAGAAUGACGAGAUUUAAUAAGUGA